GUGUACGUCACCCGGAAGCAGGAAGUGUUCAGGAGCUUGUGAGUUGUCGUGGAGGCUUUGCUGCUGUUGUCGGUCUCGUCUUCCUGUUGGCUCAAAUGGCGAGCUUCACGGGUCCGGGUCGGACCGGUCCGGGACUCCGGUGCUGGGCUCUGGUCCUGCUGAUGCUGGCGGAAGCGAGCUGGCCGGUGGCGGCCGUGUCGGAACCGGGGAAGUGGGACCUGGACAUCAAUAGCGCUGUCCUGAAGGACCAGACGUACUUCUUCUACAGUAAAACUCUGUUCAAUAACAGCUUUAUCAGUAUCAAAUUUGUAUCAAAAGACUGCACCACCUCUCACCCGAUCCUGGACAUUUCCUGGUAUCUGAGGAGCUCGCGCUGCAGCGACGAAGUCUUCAACCUGAACAAAGAGCUGGCAAAAGAGUACUCCAUGUCCGAGAGCGUCAAGAGAGAAGGAGGAACUGGGUCCUAUUCUUCACACACGUAUCCUACAAUCCACUGUGACCAUCAGAACCCCAAGUUCAACCUGAAUCAAUCGGAGGCGAUACAUCCACUGAAACCACUGCAGCAGGCACAGCCAAGCACAGGAAACGCUUCAGGGAGACGAAAGAGAGAGGCUCCAAAGCCACAGUCAGCAAAGAUGAACGACACCGUCAAAGAUCAAAAACAGGCUGGGAAUCCUGGUUUCGAUGCGGUGGCUCAGAGCUGGGAUGACGGACCCUACAUGUUCAUCCUCAAAGUCGAAGACAAGAACCAGCAGUCUAGUGCCAAAAAUCCAUGGAACCUGAAGCUCGAGAUCAGUAUGAAGGGUCCACAUGGCUUUAUAUCGGCGUCCGAAUGGCCUCUGAUGAUGUUCUACAUGGUGAUGUGCAUCGUGUACGUGCUGCUCGCCGUGCUCUGGUUGGUUCUGUCCGCGUGUUACUGGAGGGACCUGCUCCGGAUUCAGUUCUGGAUCGGAGGGGUCAUCUUCCUGGGCAUGUUGGAGAAAGCCGUUUACUAUGCCGAGUUCCAGAGCCUCAGAUAUGAAGGCGUGUCAGUCACCGGGGCGGUGGUGUUUGCUGAGGUGCUCUCUGCAGUGAAGAGAACUCUGGCCAGAGUGCUGGUCAUCAUCGCCAGUCUGGGAUACGGCAUCGUCAAGCCGAGACUCGGCGCUCUGCUGCACAGAGUCGUUGGCGUUGGUCUGCUCUACCUGAUCUUCUCCAUCAUCGAGGGACUCUUAAGAGUCAACGCUGAUCGAGGGGACACCAGCAGUAGAUUUUUGUGUGACAUAGUGCUGGCCUUCACUGAUUCCUGUAUUGUCUGGUGGAUCUUUGUGAGCCUGAUUCAGACGAUGAAGCUGCUGCGCCUCAGGAGGAACGUGGUGAAGCUCUCGCUCUACAGACACUUCACCAACACGCUCAUCUUUGCUGUCAUAGCGUCGGUCAUCUUCAUCAUCUGGACCACGAAGACCUUCAGGAUGUCCAAAUGUCAGUCUGACUGGAGGGAGCUGUGGAUAGAUGACGCUUUCUGGCGUUUCUUGUUCUCCAUCAUCCUAUUGGUCAUUAUGUUUCUAUGGCGACCGUCAGCCAAUAACCAGAGGUACGCCUUCAGUCCUCUGGUGGAUGAAGAGAGCGAUGAAGAGGAGAAGGAGCCCAUGAUGAACGAGGCUUUUGAGGGGAUGAAGAUGAGGGGCGUGAAGAAUGAGGCCAACGGCUCAGCCAAAGCUAACAAAGUGGAUGAGGACCUGAAGUGGGUUGAGGAGAACAUCCCGUCAUCUAUUGCAGAUGUCGCCCUGCCGCCCCUGCUGGACUCUGACGAGGAAACGAUGACGACCAAGUUUGAGAUGUCCAAGAUGGAGUGAAGCACAAAAGAGAAGCUUUUUUUAAAAAACAAGAGACUGGCAUCACCGAGAGGUACGCCCACGUGACGAGGAGGAGGGAGAGAUGAAGGAGGGAACCGAUGGGAGCGAGAGCUCACUGUCGCCGUGUGAUUUCAUCCCUGAACUUAUGAGCUUUGUAAGCCUUGACCUGUACAUACGCUGGGAGCAGAGUUGAUGCUCAGAUCCUUUUAUUUCCUGUUUGUACUUAUACGCCUCUCUGUAUACUCUGCAUACACAAACAGUAUAUUUUGACCGAUUUAACGUUAAAUGUUUUGUGUUUGUUGGAUUUUUCACGUUUACACGCGCAGGUGUCUGUCUCCUCACUGCAGUGGGUUUUGGGGGCUUUUUUGGUUUGUUUGGUUUUUUAAGCUGAAUGAAAAAAUUGUGUUUUGAUUUCUUCAACCUGCAGAGACUUAAAUUGUGAAUCAUAAAAGUAAAAUGUGAGUAAACAUGGAGUAUUUCUGAUGAA